AUGCCCAGCACUUUUGAUCUACUUGUGUCAAGUCUGUUGACUGCUGCUGUGGUCAAUUGCCAGCAAUAUGACCCGCCUCCUCGAACCUCGGAUGCUUUCACUUACGUCCAGCCACGUAACACGACUAUUCUUGGGCCUUACGGACACUCCCCUCCUGUUCUUCCAUCACCCAAUGCUACUGGACUUGGUGGCUGGGAUGAAGCUUUCGCCGAAGCUCGACGCUUUGUCGCUCAGUUGACUCUUGAAGAAAAGGCUGAUAUGGUCACUGGGCAGCCCGGCCCUUGUGUUGGGAAUAUUGUGGCCAUCCCACGACUCGGCUUCAAAGGUCUCUGUUUACAAGACGGCCCUUUGGCCAUCCGUGUUGCCGACUAUGCAAGCGUCUUCUCCGCUGGCGUGACAGCUGCGUCAACCUGGGACAGAAACAUUUUGUAUGAGCGCGGUUUCGCAAUGGGACAAGAGUUCAAAGCUAAAGGGGCCCAUGUCGCUCUCGCGCCUGUUGCUGGUCCCCUUGGGCGUUCAGCCUACGGGGGUAGAAACUGGGAGGGCUUCGCAGCAGACCCGUAUCUAACUGGCGUCGCGAUGGAGCGAACGAUCCAAGGUCUGCAAGAUGCAGGCGUUCAGGCUACUGCGAAGCAUUACAUUGGCAAUGAGCAAGAGACCCAGCGUAACCCAAGCUAUAACUAUAGUGGUCCGGUCCUCGAAAUAGACCAAGAAGCUAUUUCCUCUAAUAUUGAUGACCGAACUAUGCAUGAGCUUUAUCAUUGGCCAUUUGCUAACGCUGUUCGCGCCAGGGUUGCUUCCGUCAUGUGCUCCUACCAGCGCCUUAACGGCUCCUACGCCUGUCAGAACUCUAAGUCUCUCAAUGGUCUCCUCAAAGAUGAGCUUGGUUUCCAGGGAUAUGUUAUGUCAGACUGGGGCGGCACUCAUUCCGGCGUCGCGUCUAUCGAGAGUGGUCUUGAUAUGGAUAUGCCGGGGGGGAUUGGCCCAUAUGGCCUUUACCGCCAGGAAGGGUCCUUUUUCGGAGGAAACCUCACUUCUGCUGUUAACAAUAAAACUGUUGAUGAAACUCGCGUGGAUGAUAUGAUAGUGCGAAUCAUGACUCCUUAUUACUGGCUCCACCAAGACAAAGUUUAUCCAUCGGUCGACCCUUCAACCGUCCAGCUGAAUACCUUUUCGCCAAGGUCUACAUGGCUUCGCGAGUUUAACAUUACCGGAGAGGCUAGUCGUGAUGUUCGUGGCAAUCAUGGCGAGCUAAUCCGCAAACAGGCUGCAGAGGCUACUGUUCUACUCAAAAACAAAGGCAAUGCGCUGCCUUUGAAGGCGCCGAAGUCAAUCGCCGUGUUUGGUAACGAUGCUGGAGAAGACACUAUGGGUGCCUACAACGGAGACAAUUUCGAGUUUGGAACACUUGCUGCAGGUGGUGGCUCAGGAACUGGACGCUUCACGUACUUGAUAUCACCUCUGGCAGCCCUCAGUUCUCGUGCUAGACAGGAUAAUGCCCUGGUCCAGUUUUGGCUGAACAACACACUUAUCGUCGAUUCAAAUGUCACCGAUCUUUGGAUCCCCACCCCUCCUGAAGUUUGUCUGGUCUUCCUCAAAUCAUGGGCAACGGAGGGUUCAGACCGUGAACAUCUUUCGGUGGACUAUAAUGGAGAGGAUGUUGUAAAUUCGGUCGCUAAAGCCUGCAAUAAUACUGUUGUUAUCACUCAUUCUUCUGGCAUUAACGAAUUGCCCUUCGCUAACCACCCCAAUGUCACUGCCAUCCUUGCGGCACAUUACCCUGGGGAAGAAUCUGGCAACUCAAUUGUUGAUAUUCUUUACGGUAAUGUUAAUCCAUCGGGGAAGCUACCAUACACGAUUGCCAAAAGUGGCCGCGAUUAUAAUGCCUUACCAACAACUAAAGUAACCACCGCAGGUUCGUACGACUGGCAGUCAUGGUUCAAUGAGAAACUUGAAAUCGACUACCGCUACUUCGAUGCUCAAAAUAUAUCAGUCCUUUAUGAGUUUGGUUACGGCCUCUCUUACUCAACCUUCAGUCUCUCCGACAUCAAAGUCGAAGCUCUGGUCAAGUCUGUUUCAUCGGCACCUGAAGAUCUACCAAUUCAGCCAGGGGGGAAUCCUGCUCUUUGGGAAAGCAUCUACAAUGUGUCUGUAUUGGUGACCAAUACAGGUAAUAUGGAAGGUGCGACAGUCCCACAGCUUUAUGUGACAUUCCCAGACAGUGUCCUCGGGACCCCACCCAAGCAGCUUCGAGGCUUUGACAAGGUUUUUCUAGCUCCCGGAAAAUCGACCAAUGUGAACUUUGAGCUGAUGCGGAGAGACCUCAGUUAUUGGAGUGUGGUAUCCCAGAAGUGGUUGAUUCCCGAGGGCGAGUUUGUUAUUUCUGUAGGAUUCAGUUCCAGAGACUUAAAGAAGGUUAUUAGCAUUAAACCUUUAACAGAUUAA